AUGGAAUAUUCAGACGAAGAUCGGAUGGAUCCCAACCGUCCCUCUGGGGAGUUUGCGUACCCCGAUAUUGACGAGACGAUACAUUACCCAUGGCAAGGGAAUCAGCAGCCAAGCCAGGGUGAACAGUCUAUUCACUCGGUGAUAGAUCCCCGUCUAUACAGAGAUCUAUUCUCCGCAAGUGCCUCACAGUUGCCUGACAAAUCUCUUGGCCAUGGCGAAGGCGAAGAAGAUGACCAAUAUGCCGAGGAAAUGUUUCACGAGAUUGAUGACUCGGCCGAGGACUCUACGUAUGAGUUCUCGGAAGAAGGGACCUCGGAAGAUGACGAAAUUUCUGAUGCACCGGCGGAGGAAGACGAUGAUGAUGAGGAGUCGUAUUCGCGCAGACGUCGACGUCGCAGAGGUACUGGUCCCUUUUCCGGUCGCUACGGUGCGCGAGGUGGUAAAGGAAUCAAAAGAGGCCCUCGAAAACCUAUGGAGCCUAGCCCGGAGUUUAAAAUUCUUCAUUCUGAGGCUACAGCUGCAUUCAUUGAUGGUGACUAUGACCGCGCCAUCGACUUGGUCAAACGGGCGAUUCAAAUUAACCCAGAGAUGUUUGCUGCGCAUUCUCUUCUCUCAGAAAUCUUCCUCGCGCAGGGCGAGAAAGACAAAGCAUUGACUGCACUUUUCAAUGGCGCCCACACGCGUCCCAAAGACCCUUCCGUAUGGGCUAAGGUGGCGAGAAUGAUAUUGGAACGGGCUGGUAAUGAUCGUUAUAACUCCCUGAACGAUGUCAUUUACUGUUAUAGUCGUGUGAUCGAAAUAGAUCCAAGGAACUACAAUGUGCGUUUUCAGCGAGCUGCAAUGUAUCGGGAAUUAGGGCACAAUGGUCGAGCUGCUACGGAGUACGAGAGGAUCCUAAGAGAUCUCCCACACAAUAUCAGGGCUCUUCGCCAUCUUGCUGAAACUUACAUUGAUAGCAAUGACGUCCAGAAGGCCGUCGACCAUUGGACUAGGAGUGUCAAACACUUGAUGUCUCUUGGCCCAGAAGCAACGCCGGAGUUCUCGUGGUCCGAUAUUAAUAUAUAUGCUGAACUUUACAGCUACCUGGGCCAGCAUGAAGAAGGGCUUAAGGCUCUGAAAUCGCUUUCAAGAUGGUUUCUUGGUCGCAAAGAUGACACGAUGUGGGACAAUUUUGACGAGGACGACCGAGAAUGGGAUGCCGACGAUUCUCCACGACGCAUCAAAGCCGAUGGAUAUAACCCAGGACAAUGGUCGCGAGAUUCUUAUGGGCUUGGUCUUCCACUUGAGCUCCGGAUCAAGCUCGGUUUGUUCCGGUUGAAAAUGGGAUAUAGUCACAAAGAUGAGGCCCUGCACCACUUUGAAUGGCUAAACCCGGAGGACAUGUCUGAAGGGGCUCGGCUGUAUGACUAUGGCGACCUCUUCCGUGAAGUUGCGGAUGCCCUGAAGGACGUGGGGCUGCUUGAGGAUGCGCUUCGCUUUUAUAUGCCGAUUCAGCAAACUAAUGACUACGCGGAUGUCAGCUUCUUCUUGGCAAUGGGGGAUUGUUGUCGGCAGUUAGACAGGUUCGAAGAGGCCGAGAACUGCUAUCUCACGGUGGCGGAGUAUGACCAGAGAAAUAUUGAGGCGCGUGUGCAGUUAGCAAAGUUAUAUGAGAGUAUUGAAAUGACGGAGCAGGCCCUCCGAACAGCAGAUCUGGGCCCCGGAGCGGCGCCUUUGAAGACAAUUGCCCCUUGUCCCUCUGAGGAUGAAAUGCAAGCAGCGCCGGCAGCGCCUGCACUGACGGCGGCUCCGUCAGCUGCUGUGAGCAAGGAGCGUUCUCCGGAGCCCGAGGGGAUGAAAACCGAGAAUGUGCGGUAUCUAUACUCCAAAUUAUUGCGGCUACAGCCCCAUAUCAAGGAUGGGCAUGCGGAAGCAACGGAGGACUGGCUCGAUAUUGCAGACGCCUUGUUGCGCGAGUUCCGGUCCAACCGAGUCUUUUACCCACCCGAGCGGUAUAUGGUCUUUUUGGGAUAUUCACGGGGGUCGCAAAGAAGGGUGGGAAAACAUAAGAACCGAUCAUUUAUGGAUGAAAUGCAGGAAAUGGCAGGGCGCCUCCAGGAAACUCUAGGAACUGCCUCCGAGGAAUCUCGGCAAGGCCCUAUACCGACGGAUUACCAUGGAAUUUCGUUCGACGAAUGGCUCGAUGUAUUCCUUCAGUACGCUCUAGUUGUGGCGGGGCAAAACGAAACUGAUGAAGCGUACGAUACACUUGCUGCUGCCGCGGAUGCCAGUGUCUGGUACCACUCGAAGAACAGCACCCGUCAGAUCCACGUUUGCUGGUUCACCUGUGCCCUACGAGCACAAGACGAAGAAACACUUGCGAAUGAGGCGCGCUGGUUCAUCAAAGAAUACCAAUUCGUCACAGACACAUAUCGCCUGUUCGCCAUAUUAAGCCGGCUUAGCGGAGAUCCUCACCGUUCCUUGUUCCACUCCUCGCCGAAUAUGAAAUUUAUGCUGCGUCAGAUCAAGGCCAUGGACUUCACACUGCCAAACAAUCGCGAGGGUGGCCGCACUGGGAAGGUAGCGCGCGACAGAGUCUACAAGGAACGCGCCGCUCUAUCGACCCGGGACGAGACGGGGGAAGCUAUACCCGCGGAGGAAAUGGAUGUCGCGCUUCUUGUUCUCUACGGACAUAUCCUUUACUCCGGCAACAGCUUCUUCCCGGCUCUGAAUUACUUCUUCCGUGCUUAUACUCUGGACGACCAGAAUCCGGCGGUUCUUUUGUCCAUCGGGCUUUGCUACAUCCACCACUCUCUCAAGCGUCAAUCCGAAAAUCGACACUAUCUCAUAAUGCAGGGGCUCUCAUUCAUGCACGAGUACCGGCGCAUCCGUGAACGGAAAGGGGCUCUCCUGCCGGAGCGCCAAGAAACAGAGUUCAAUUUCGCCCGCAUAUGGCACAUGCUCGGCCUCGCACACUUGGCAGUAGAGGGCUAUAAGCGGGUGCUGGCUCUAGGCGAGCAGAUACGGACUUGCGAAUCUCGGGGAGAUGUCGCCAUGGUGGACGCAGGAUCGGAGCUGAAGCCAGUCUUUGUGGAGGACUUCUCGCGCGAAGCAGCUGUAGCUCUCCAAAACAUCUAUGCGCUGAAUGGGGAUCUUCAGUCGGCGCAGGAAGUGACAGCCAAAUGGCUUGUGAUUUAG